UCCAUGCAGCCUCUUUACUUCAUUUCUCUGAAAACCAAAUCCCACCCAUUUCAAAUUGAAUAGAGAACUCCUCACAAUAUUCCAACACCCCCAACAAAAAUCAAACACUUCUCCUCCAAAACACCCACAAAAAUUUCAUAAUCAAACACCUUUCUUAAUGAAAAACUGAAAAUCAAACUCUCAAAAGAAACCAGAAAAUCAAACACCCUUCUUACAAAAAACCCAGAUCAAACACCUUCUUGCAAAAAAACAUUUUGGUAAAAAAAUCCACUGAAAAAUUUGAAAAGAAAACAUAUACAAUGGAGAACCAGCAACCCCAAGGCUACCCACAGACCUCCUUCCACCACCUUCUUCAACAGCAGCAACAACAGCUACAGAUGUUCUGGAACUACCAGCGGCAAGAGAUUGAGAACGUCAACGACUUCAAGAACCACCAGCUUCCACUCGCUCGCAUAAAGAAGAUCAUGAAAGCCGACGAAGACGUACGCAUGAUCUCCGCCGAGGCUCCUAUCCUCUUCGCCAAGGCCUGUGAGCUCUUCGUCCUCGAGCUCACAAUCCGUUCCUGGAUCCAUGCCGAGGAGAACAAGCGCCGCACUCUUCAGAAGAAUGAUAUUGCAGCAGCAAUUACUCGAACUGACAUUUUCGACUUCCUGGUCGAUAUCGUGCCGAGGGAUGAGAUCAAGGAGGAGGCGGGAAUUGGGUUGGUGGGUGGGAGUGCUGCUAGUGGGGUCCCUUAUUACUAUCCGCCGAUCGGGCAGGUGGGGCCCGGAGUGAUGAUUGGGCGGCCUGCAGUGGCUGGGAUCGAUCCAGGAGUGUAUGGUCAGCAGCAGCAAGGGUGGCAGAUGGGGUGGCAGCCGGGAUUGGCGGAGGAUGAUGGAUCAUACAGUGGCGGUAGCGGCGGGCCGCAGAAUUUGGAUGGGGCAGGGUAUGGUAGUUGAAAAUGCUAGCUGUUUUUAUCGUAAUUUAUUUAAAUUGUAUUUGGAAUUCUGUUAGUAAAACGAUGUGGAAUUUAUGUGCUUGUUA